AUGCCGGCCCUCACGCUACACUCCUUGUGCAAGGAUGAACAGGAAACCUUGGUUUCGCGCUGUGUCACAGCCGAAGAUCUACCACCAGUACCACCCAUUACAUUUUGCUAUUCAGUUGAUGAAUUACCCGAGGAGCCUUUGCAGCUCUCCGCAUGGCGAGGGCCACAAAUCGAAUACCGCUACCGUCUCCAGCGUGCUCGUACGCAUCGGAUUGGCAAUGCAUUACGGAUACAACAAGACGACUUCCGAAAUUACGUGAUUCCAGUGGGUAUAAUCUACUUUAACCAAGCGACCCGCCCGCCCUUCCACAUGACCGACUCAGAGCUACUAGCGGUUCGACCCUUCUGUCACUGUGGUAUUACCCAGAAUGGACCUGCGCUAGUAGCCCGCAACAGAGACAACCAAUCCAUUGAGAUACCACAGCUGGUACUUGCUCGCUUUUCGCCCAGGGCAUGCGGACGAUACCCUAUCACUUAUAACGGUGAUGCCCUUAUACAACUCUUCACCGUAACAGCCAAUGCUUCUGGUGUCAUGCUCUCUUCGAGGGGAUACUCUGUGGAUGGCGAGUGGUUUCAAGCCAUCCAUAUUCUAGCGUGGAACAUUGUCCACUUCUUUGAUGAGUUUCGUAAUACGCGAGGUGUAGAGGGGAUUGCUGGUGUAUAUCGCAGGAUCUACGCCGAGCUGCGCCGCGGCGAGAUUAUGGGCUUGUAG